UAGUCAUAAACACUUGUUAUAUUUAGUUAAUAACUAACGCGACCGGCAACUAGAGAGUAGCUGAAUGGGAUGGAAGCCCAAUUGACUACGCAAUGUACUAUUAUCACCGCUUCUUCCACGAUGAAGGCUGCAUCUGCCCUCACGAGUUUGGUCCGGUAUUCAGUGGUCCUGGUAAAUGGGCUGGAGGUGCAUACAAUUGCUACAAUCCCAAAGACUUCGCGUCUGCUCUUCCUGCUGAUAGCAGAAGUCUUCCGCACUCUCAUCCGGCCGAUGGACAAGCCGGCGAGUCUUCGUCAAAGGCAUCCAAAAGCCUACUAGACAUUGAGCGACAGCGAUGGGACAAGAUCCAAGCUUACUGGCGUCAUGAGCGCAUCGAAUCGCCGUUUGUGCCUUCAACAUUUGACGAAUAUCUCAAGUUCAAGAAUGACACCGUGAAAGCUAAACAGCUUGCGAUCAUCAAGAUGAUGGAAGAUCCCAGCAACUCCGUUGGCCAUAAACAUAGCCAAGCCUGUGCUCCCCGUGUUCGAAUGUCUCCGAAGUUGCUUAAGAUUCACAACACGGACAAUCUUAGCCUGGUCACAUCGCGCGUUUCUAUCUGGCAUGAGAAUACCAACCUGUUCGUGCCUGUCGACUGGCCACUUCAAUGGGAAUAUGAGUAUUAUCAGGGACAGCUGCCUCUGCCUCGUACUCAGGAGGUUGACUACCAAUUUGAGGACAUGGUCGACCGAUACAAGCUCUUCCCUGCCUUCGGCCCUCUGGUCCCCCGCCAGUUUCGCAGAAUUGCUAACCGGGCGCUUGAGCCUACCCUCGAUGGCAUGACUCGACCAGAGUAUUGGGACAUAGUCUGGGAGGGAGACAUGAAACCCCCCAAAAUCGAGAUCGAGGAGCUUACUGGCUUCAUGCAGCAGCUCCUUCAAGAUAUCGAUGAGGAAGAGCCUGCGAUCUGAAAUGUUCCGGAUGGUGAUCUUAUGCGGGGAAAGCGGAAUAGGGCAGCAUCUUACGAUGCAUAUGAGAUUCUAUCGACACAUGGAGCAGACGCAGAGAUGAUGAGUCUUAUGACUUUUAUGAAUUAGGUACUGGAUCUUGUACAUUAUGUAUUUUGCAGGAUAAGCUUUUGCUACCUGCUUGAGGUUAAGGGAUUACCUUGACAUUUCUUAGCAUUUCAGACAGAACAGACAGAACAGACAGAAUGGACCAAUCGAUGAAUAAAU